ACGAACCAGAAGAGUACACGUGGCAUUAUCUAAUAGAAUGGCAGCGUGUAUUUAAAUCGGAGAAAGUCGAAGGUGGGUUUUCAUUUGUGAUCCAAAUUCCAAAAUAUAGCUAAGCAAAUUCCGUGAUCCUUGACCUCAUUACAAGAUUUGCGUUCAACAACGCAUUUCUUUUUCAAUAGAGCCGUCUCUCCGAUCACAUUUUCUCUCUAUAAAUAGCAUCAUCUUUUCUUGCCUAUUCAGUGUCCAGCUUAGAGAAGAGCCCAUUUCUACCUACUAAAAAUUUAGUUAGUCCAAUAUGACCAUCACGCCGAAGAUUUGUGUGAGCAAUGGGAACCUUGUGGUUCAUGGGAAGACCAUAUUGAAAGGAGUGCCAGACAACAUUCUAUUGACUCCAGGCUCAGGAAAUGGUUUGGCUGCUGGUUCAUUUAUUGGCGCCUCGGCUUCAGAUAGCAAAUGUCUUCAUGUGUUUCCCAUGGGCACUUUAGAAGGUUUGCGAUUCAUGUGCUGUUUCCGGUUCAAGCUGUGGUGGAUGACUCAGAGGAUGGGGAAGUAUGGAAAGGAUGUUCCUCUUGAAACUCAAUUUAUGAUUGUAGAGAGCAAGGAUUCCACUGUAGAAGGUGAACCAGACGACUCUCCAACCAUAUACACUGUCUUUCUUCCUCUUCUGGAGGGCCCAUUCCGGUCUGUUCUUCAAGGGAAUGAGAAGAAUGAGAUAGAGAUUUGCAUCGAGAGUGGGGACACUGCUGUUCAGACCUGCCAAGGGCUUCAUCUUGUUUACAUGCAUGCUGGGACUAAUCCUUUUGAAGUUGUCAACCAGGCUGUUAAGGCUGUAGAGAAACAUAUGCAAACUUUCCGUCACCGAGAAAAGAAAAGGUUGCCUAGCUUUGUUGAUUGGUUUGGCUGGUGUACAUGGGAUGCCUUUUACACUGAUGUCACAGCGGAAGGUGUAGAAGAAGGCCUAGAAAGCUUGUCAAAGGGUGGAGCUCCACCACGAUUCUUGAUCAUUGAUGAUGGCUGGCAGCAGAUAGGGAAUGAGAUUGUUAAGGAUGAAAAUUGUGUUGUGCAAGAAGGGGCACAAUUUGCCAACAGACUAACUGGAAUUAAAGAGAAUGCCAAGUUCCAAAACAAAAAGAAUGGUGAAGACAAUAAUCUGGUUCCAGGUCUGAAGCGUGUUGUUGAUGAAGCUAAACAACGCCACAAUGUGAAGAAUGUGUAUGUGUGGCAUGCUCUGGCUGGAUAUUGGGGUGGAGUGAAACCAGCAGCUUCUGGUAUGGAACACUACGAUACUUGUUUGGCAUACCCAGUUCAGUCUCCUGGUGUAUUGGGUAACCAGCCAGAUGUUGUCAUGGAUAGCCUUUCAGUUCAUGGUCUUGGUUUGGUUCAUCCAAAGAAAGUCUUCAAUUUCUAUAAUGAGCUCCAUGCGUAUCUUGCUUCAUGUGGAGUUGACGGCGUCAAAGUUGAUGUUCAGAAUAUAAUUGAAACCCUUGGUGCUGGUCACGGCGGCAGGGUUUCUCUAACUCGUGCCUAUCACCAGGCCCUUGAAGCCUCCAUAGCAAGGAACUUCCCUGAUAAUGGAUGUAUUUCUUGCAUGUGUCACAACACUGAUGGGAUAUACAGUACCAAGCAGACUGCUGUUGUCAGGGCUUCUGAUGAUUUCUAUCCUAGGGAUCCUGCUUCUCAUACCAUACACAUUUCCUCUGUGGCUUAUAACUCUCUUUUCCUUGGAGAGUUCAUGCAACCUGAUUGGGAUAUGUUUCAUAGCUUGCACCCAGCUGCAGAUUAUCAUGCAGCAGCUCGUGCAGUUGGUGGAUGUCCAAUAUAUGUGAGUGACAAGCCAGGGAAUCACAACUUUAAGCUUCUGAGGAAGCUGGUUCUCCCUGAUGGGUCAGUGCUCCGUGCUCGUCUACCUGGAAGGCCUACUCGUGAUUGUCUCUUCAAUGAUCCAGCCAGAGAUGGAACUAGUUUGCUCAAAAUUUGGAACGUGAACAAAUGUUGUGGUGUUGUUGGCGUGUUCAACUGUCAGGGAGCAGGUUGGUGCAAGAUUGAGAAAAAGACCCUGAUACACGAUAAAGCUCCUGGAACCCUUACUAGUUCUAUCCAUGCCAUUGAUGUGGAUUCCAUCGCUGAAGUAGCUGGGCCAGACUGGGAUGGGGAAGUGAUUGUGUAUAUGUACCAAUCAGGAGAGGUGGUUCGGUUACCCAAAGGAGCUUCUUUGCCUGUAACUCUCAAGGUUCUGGAAUAUGAACUCUUCCAUAUCUGCCCCCUGAAGGAAAUUACAAGCAGCAUGUCAUUCACACCAAUUGGCUUACUUGAUAUGUACAAUUGUAGUGGGGCAGUAGACCAAUUUGACGUCCAACUAUCAUCUGACGAGAAAACCGAGCACUGUAAUGGUGAAGUCCCAGCAGAGAAGAGACCACAAUCUCCAAUUGUGAUGAAGCUCAAAGUGAGAGGAUGUGGCCGGUUUGGAGCGUAUUCUUCUCAGAGGCCAUCCAAAUGUACUGUUGAUGGCGUGGUGACUGACUUUCAAUAUGAUUCGGAAACUGGGCUGCUCAUCACAAUACUACCAGUCCCACAGGAGGAGAUGUACAGAUGGUCAGUUGAGGUCCAGGUUUAAUUUGAUGGUUUCAGACUCAGAUUAUUCAUCCUUAUUCUUUCAGUUGCCACUUUGCAAUCUAGCUGAUUAAUUUUAUUGUUUUAAUGGUCAUGAGAGGGGUGGCCAAUGUGCCAAUGUGGCAUUGCUUAUGAGGGUUUCAGUGCAUUGUGUUGUAGAGUUCUUGAGAGGGAGAGUUUAAGUAAGAAAUUGAGAUUUGGUUUCUUUUUCUACUUCAAUUCAGAUCAAUAACAAUAAUCCAUAUGCUUUUAUAUUCAA